AGUAACGUGUUGUGGCUGAUUUUCGUUUUUUUUUUCAUUAAAUUUGUUAACAAAAAAAUUAUUAAAAUAAAACAUAUAUAACUACGAUUUUUCAAUCACAUUAUCCGUGUUUAUUGUGUGUUUAAAUUGAUACGUCAUAUGUAGGAAAAAUACAAUAGUAAUUACAGGCAGAAAAAUUUUAUGUGCGAGCAUCAUCAAACAACAAAAAACGUCACAAUUUUUUUGUGUGAAUAGUAACUCGGUGUGUAGUCGUGGUGUUUGUAUAAACUGAACACAAACCAACUGGGAAAAGAUCUAAAUUGCUCCGUAAAUAAAAAUCCGGGGGAAUUUGCAGUAACCACCGAAUACGCAAAAUAUGAAAUGGGCAUUUAUUGCGCCGUGUUGCAACAGUUUACAAAGAUUUCAAGCAAUCAAGAAUAUACAAGUUUUCCACAAAUAUUGCAGAAAACAAUUUCAUUUAACUAAUUUUUAAAAAUUAAUUUUCAAAAAAAAAAAGAAAAAUAAAGAAGAAAGCCGCAGUUUUAUAUUUUUCUUUUCAUUUUUGAACGCGAAAAUUUAUCCCAUAAGUAAAUUUUAAAAAAUCGUGGCUGAAGCAGUAACAGGAAAGCCUACAAUAACUGAUGCAAUGCCUUCUGCUAUAAGUGGUGCUGGUGGUCAUAGCUCGGGCAGCCACAACUCGAAUAUACCUAACAAUGAAGAGUGUGGUAUACGGGAUGUCUGGAAACAUAAUCUUGAAGAGGAAUUUCGUACUAUUCGUAAAAUAGUGCAAAAAUAUCAUUACGUCGCUAUGGAUACGGAGUUUCCAGGCGUUGUAGCACGGCCCGUAGGAGAAUUCCGUUCCACCGCCGACUAUCAUUAUCAAUUGCUGCGAUGUAAUGUCGAUUUGUUGCGCAUCAUACAACUGGGCCUAACUUUUAUGGAUGACGAGGGGAAAACACCGCCCGGUUACAGUACAUGGCAAUUCAAUUUCAAAUUUAAUUUAAGUGAAGACAUGUACGCCCAGGAUUCCAUUGAUUUACUACAAAACUCUGGUAUACAAUUCAAAAAGCACGAAGAAGAUGGCAUUGAUCCGUUGGACUUUGCUGAAUUGUUAAUGUCAUCGGGCAUUGUAUUGGUGGACAACAUUAAAUGGUUAUGCUUCCAUUCUGGCUACGAUUUUGGUUAUUUGCUUAAACUGUUAACUGAUCAAAAUUUGCCGGCAGAUGAGAGUGAAUUUUUCGACUUGCUACACAUUUAUUUCCCCAACAUAUAUGACAUCAAGUAUUUAAUGAAAUCAUGUAAAAACUUAAAAGGUGGUCUACAAGAGGUAGCCGAUCAGUUGGAAUUAAGACGUGUGGGACCUCAACAUCAAGCCGGCUCUGACGCAUUACUCACUGGCAUGGCAUUCUUCAGAAUGCGUGAGAUGUUCUUUGAGGAUAAUAUCGAUAAUGCCAAAUAUUGCGGACACCUGUACGGCCUGGGAACAUCAUUCAUUGUGAACGGUGCCACUUUCCAUGAGAGCAAUGGCGAAAAUAGCAACACCACGUGAUUUGUAAUUGAUGAACGUACUCAAAAUCUGCAGAAUGCUACCUAAAGUUUUAUAAUGUCAAAAUGGAAAAAAAACGAAACAUUACAACACGGUAACUGGACAACAACAACUGCAACUUUACCAUAACUAAGUUGUUGCUCAUGAUGAGGAAGACACAAAGGAAAUCAAUCAAUCUAUAUAUAUAUACAUAUAUCUAUCGAACAGGAAAAAAUGCACGUUUUAAUGUUUUAACUUU